GUCAGACUCCAGCUGCAAAGUGUAGGAAACAAUCUCUACUUCCAGGCUCCGUCAGCCAUCUCUACGUUGUCUGAGAGCCUUGCACCAGUACCGGAACGUUUACCAUCUCCCCCAUUUUCCUGCCGUAAGAAGCUAGAGGAAACAACGUCCGUUUCCGGUUGGCUCCGACUGGAAGGUUGAAUAUUGAGUGUCCUGGGAGGUCAGAUUGCUGUCAGGCCUGUAGUCCUAGCAGUGGCGAGAUGGAGUCAGGAGGAUCAGAAGCUGAAGGUCAACCUUCCAUGCAUAUCAAAUUGAAGACAUGGCUGCUGGACAUGGACAGGGACAUGAACACGAACAUGGUCAUGGUAAAAUGGAACUUCCAGAUUACAGACAGUGGAAAAUAGAAGGGACGCCAUUAGAAACAAUGCAGAAGAAGCUUGCUGCACGAGGGCUGAGGGAUCCAUGGGCUCGCAAUGAGGCUUGGAGAUACAUGGGCGGCUUUGCAGACAACAUCACCUUCACGAGUGUGAUACUAAAAGGAUUCAAAUGGGGGUUUGCUGCAUUUGUGGUAGCUUUAGGGGCUGAAUAUUUCCUGACUUCCCAAAAUGAUGAUAAGAAGCAUCACUGAAGAGAGCACCUUGUGACAUCUCUGACAUAAAAAUAAGAUUCUCUCACUGUAGCAUCCUUGGCUGUAUGUUUGUCCUUGAAAGAAUAUUAGUAUGGCUUAAUAAAGUCAGGAAAACUCUU